GUUGCUUGCUGAGCAGAUUGAAGACCCAGCACGAGCGACCUGCGCCCCGCCCCUUUCCUCUGGGAAUGCUGGGAUGUUUACAUUACUGGCACUGAGCAGAAAUGGGGAGCAGUUGAGACAUAGUGCUUAAAACAAACCCAAACUUUUCACCUAACUGCUGAAACACCACACUUUAACAUCUGUUUGCCUGUAUGGUAGCCUGCCACGCAGGAACUGCCGACAAACGUAACCGCAGCCCGAAACGUAAGAGAAAGAUAGCCGCCAUCAACUCAAGACACUGCAGUGAGAAGCAAAGGCACUUCCUGAGGUGAAAGGGACUCCAUUCCUGCCACCAUGGAUGAACAACCCCAAGGCCAGCAGGCUGCAGUUCCUCAGUUCCAGCCACAGAAGCCACUGCGGCCAGAUAUGGGUCACAAUGCACUUGCAAAUUUUCAGAUUGAGAAGAAGAUUGGACGAGGACAGUUUAGUGAAGUGUACAGAGCGACAUGCUUGCUAGAUCGCAUGCCGGUAGCCCUGAAAAAAGUGCAGAUAUUCGACUUGAUGGAUGCCAAAGCUCGUGCAGAUUGCAUCAAAGAAAUAGAUCUCCUUAAGCAACUGAACCACCCAAAUGUAAUUAAAUACUAUGCAUCAUUCAUUGAAGAUAAUGAGCUAAAUAUAGUUCUGGAGCUUGCAGAUGCUGGCGACCUUUCACGAAUGAUAAAGCAUUUUAAGAAGCACAUGAGAUUGAUACCAGAGAGGACAGUCUGGAAAUAUUUUGUUCAGCUGUGCAGUGCCUUGGAACACAUGCACUCUCGACGUGUCAUGCACAGAGAUAUAAAACCAGCUAAUGUGUUCAUUACAGCCACCGGGGUAGUGAAAUUAGGAGACCUGGGACUUGGCCGAUUCUUCAGCUCAAAAACUACAGCAGCACAUUCUUUAGUGGGUACCCCUUAUUACAUGUCUCCAGAGAGGAUACAUGAAAAUGGAUAUAACUUCAAAUCUGACAUCUGGUCACUAGGCUGCUUGCUGUAUGAGAUGGCUGCCUUACAGAGCCCAUUUUAUGGAGAUAAGAUGAAUCUCUACUCUCUGUGUAAGAAGAUUGAGCAGUGCGACUACCCUCCUCUUCCAUCCGAUCACUAUUCAGAAGAGCUGAGAAAGCUAGUAGAUCUAUGCAUCAACCCUGAUCCGGAGAAACGGCCCGAUAUUGCUUAUGUGUAUGAUGUAGCGAAGAGGAUGCAGGCUUUCAACUCAGGGAGCUAAGAAUCAAGAAACGAGGCAGAAGAUUUCCCAGUGUUUUCCGCAAGUCACCCACUCCCAAAGACAGUGCUACAGAUAUCACGGGGACACAUUAAGUACUUACUGUUUUACUUCCGGCUUCCGUUAAGCACCAAGUGUUUACUAAUGAAGCCCAAGAAGGGUGCAGUACUGGGUGUUACUCUCAAACAGGUUUUUAGAUGCCUUAUGCAGACAGUAGAAAGACAAAAAAAAUAAUAGUUAUAUAAUAUAUAUUAGUACAAGUUUUAGUGGAAAUAAAAAUUGAAUGACACACUUCUUAUUGUACCUGCUUGGUUUGUGUUCUGUUAUUGACAUCACAAGUUUAAACUGUUUAUUUCAUAUAAAGAAUUUGAAUUCCAUUGCAGUUAGGGAAAAGCUAUAAAUGUCUUUUUUUUGCUUUAGUUUAAAUGUUAGUAGUUUUGACACAUGCCAAUAUAAGCAAUUUUUAUUAUAGAAAACAACAUACAUUACAGUGGCUGUGGUGUAGUUUUACACUGUGUCUACUUUUAAAUUGGUAAUUCAGUAUAAUCAAACUGGAAAUAUAUGCUUCCAAUCCAGUUUGAAGUUGCUUAAAAAUCUGGUACUCCUGGUAGAGUUGGAUUGCCGAAAGUAGAAAUUGUGCCUACUUUAAUCUAAGCGCACAAGUAUUAGUAAUUCAGAAAAUGACAAAGCUUACACAAGAUAUAAGCUCCAUAGGUUUAAUCAAAUACCCAAUUUGGCUCUAAGAGAGAUUCACUAUUAAGUAUAAAUCCCUGUUUAGCAAUCUAUCCUGUCUAACGAAUGCAGUAAUAAUUUUAAAAAGUGGCAGUUGAUUUACAUAAAUUGUCCAUGUCAAAAUUAUGUUUAGAAUAUGUUUCUCAUACAAUUUAAAUGAACUUGUUUCUAUAUGGGCCUAUUGGUCCAGUUACUUUGCUCACUAUAAUGUACAACUCAUACCUUUUACUAUACACAUUUCUCAAACUAUACUGUGUGCCUUAUUAAUUGCAGAGCUUCUAUAUUCCAUACCCAUUAAAUUACUACUACUCUUCUGGUGUUAUUGUUCAGUCUGUGCACUCCUUUCUGUAAUGAAGCUUAUUGCAUAUUCUCUGCUUAUGAUGAGUCUCCUGAUGAGCUUGAUAUCCCACAAGUUCAGAUUGAACCAUCCAUGCUUUAUAUUACAGUCUGGUUAGUAAUACAGUAUGGCGCAAGUAUAGGUUAUAUUUAAUGAAUUGUGGCUCAAACCCUUGCACUUGUAUGAGCAGACUGUCUUUACAAUGUUUUGCCUUAUAUGGUUAAGUAAAAAUAAAUAAUUCUACCUUU